CUCGAUGUUCAUUAUUUAAAGAACAAUGGCGGCAAGUUUGGGGGUGCUUGGCGAACCAACGAGUAAAAAUGUUUUAUCUUGCAAAUUACUCGUUGUUGGAGCGGGUGGCAUUGGUUGUGAAUUACUCAAGAACUUGGUUCUUACAGGUUUCCAUGAUAUAGUCGUUAUUGAUUUGGACACAAUUGAUGUGAGCAAUUUGAACAGACAAUUCUUGUUUAGAAAGGAGCAUGUUGGAAAAUCCAAAGCACAGGUUGCCAAAGAAAGUGCUUUAAACUUUAACCCCAAUGCAAAGAUUACAGCCUAUCGUGACAGCAUUAUGAGUCCAGAUUAUGGUGUUGAUUUUUUUAAAAAGUUUACGAUGGUUAUGAAUGCCCUCGAUAAUAGAGCCGCCCGGAAUCACGUAAACAGAAUGUGUUUGGCAGCAGACAUUCCUUUGAUAGAGAGCGGCACAGCAGGGUAUCUGGGGCAGGUCACGGUCAUAAAAAAGGGUUUAACAGAGUGUUAUGAGUGUCAACCUAAGCCUCCACAGAAAUCUUUCCCCGGAUGCACCAUUAGGAACACACCAUCAGAACCCAUUCACUGUGUAGUGUGGGCAAAACAUUUAUUCAAUCAGCUGUUUGGAGAAGAGGAUCCAGAUCAGGAUGUUUCUCCAGACACAGAAGAUCCGGAGUUAACAGCGGAAGCAGGUCAGACUGCCCUGGAGCAGAAGGAACAGUCUAAUGUUGCUGGCGGUAUAGAGAGGAAGUCAACACGGACAUGGGCAAUGGAAACGGGAUAUGAUGCAAAAAAAAUAUUCAACAAGUUAUUUAGGGAUGAUAUCAAAUACCUGUUAUCAAUGGAAACCCUUUGGAAGAAAAGACGACCACCUAAUCCUUUGGAUUUCGAUAAUCUACCUCACACAGAGUGUUCUGAGCCGUCCACUGUGAUGCGGGACCAGCGAGUCUGGUCCAUGAAGGAGUGUGCCCAGGUAUUCAGUGACUGCCUCGCCGGGCUCAAGAAGGAGUUCACCAAUCAGGGAGAAAAUGGCAUGCUUGUGUGGGACAAAGAUGAUGAACUUGCAAUGGACUUUGUGGCAUCCACAUCCAACAUUCGAUCUCACAUAUUUGGUAUAAACCAGAAAACAAAAUUUGAUAUUAAAUCCAUGGCUGGGAACAUUAUUCCUGCAAUAGCAACAACUAAUGCCAUCAUUGCGGCAGUGAUAGUGAUGGAGGGAUUAAAGGUGCUUAAUGGAAGGAUAGAAGAAUGCAAACAGAUCUACCUAAACAGACAACCCAAUCCCAGGAAGAAACUGUUGGUUCCGUGCGCCCUGGACAAGCCCAGUCCUAAAUGUUAUGUGUGUUCCUCAAAACCAGAGGUGACAGUGGUUCUAAAUACGGAAAAAAUGACCAUAAAGACUUUGGAAGAGAAGAUCUUGAAAAGUGCACUAGGAAUGGUAGCACCCGAUGUUGAAAUAGAUGAUGGAAAAGGAACUAUUUUGAUAUCAAGUGAAGAGGGAGAGAUGGAAGAAAACAAUGACAAGUUUUUGAGUGAAUUUCAUGUUGGAAAUGGCAGCAUCCUUAAAUGUGAUGACUUUUUACAAAGUUAUGAAUUGAAAAUAAUAAUAGCACAUAAGGAUAAACUGGAAGAAGACAAAGAAUUUGAUGUGGUAGGAGAUUUAUCAGAACUUCAUGCCAAACCAUUGGUGGAACAACCGACCAAUCAGAAUGGCAGUACCACAAGUCACCAAGAAGAGGAAGAUGACCUAAUGAUUGUGGAUGAGGUGGAAGUUAUUAAAUCUGGUACAAAACGCAAAGCUGACCAAGAGCCUGAUGAAAUCAACGCCAAACGCCCAAAGUCCAGCGGGGAUCACAAUGAUGAUAUUGUGAUUCUAUAGACAGGCGUAGGCAGCCUGCAGGAAGACCAAAUUCUGAAAUAAACUUUGCAAGAGUCAACCAAAAAUCACGAUAUUAUGCAAGUAAAAGAUGAAGACAGGACAAUGAUUCAAAGAUAUUUUUGAGAAAAAAAGUUUGAUAGUUUAUUGCAUUAAUACUUGCAACCGUAUCAUGUUCCCUAUGGGAGUUAUUGCCCUUGUCUAUUAGUGCUAUACAUGUACAUGUAUGUAAAACACAUUGUUAGUAUGUAUAAUAACUGUUGUUUGGAAUGAGUUUGAAUGAAAUACAAUGAUGGAAAAAUUAAGAAUAAAGUUGCAUGUACGUCAA